AUGUGGACCUGGGGGUCGUAUUCAUCAGCUCCCGCCACUACUCGUGGCAUGUUGACUAACAGCGAGCCAGGCAGCCACGAAAAGUAUCAGCAUCCAACUACGUCCAAGCUGUGCAUGUAUCACCGCCUGCUAAAUGUUCUAUGCCCUUUCCGCUAUAGCACUGAAACACCACGUCGGUCAGUAUCUUGGAAGUCGCCAUUGGUUCUUCGACGAAAGCCUAUGGAGCUUCUCAGGACUAACACUCCUCUACUUCCACCGUCUGGGCAGCCACGCACCAGAAACAACAAAGAGAGCAACCCUUCCGCCAGUACGCAACAGACAACAGCACAAGCCGGUCCAUCAUCAACGGAUCUGCGAAUUGCGUCAAUCAAUGCAUCCGUUCUCGCAAGUGGCAAAGGAGGUGGUGCCUUGCGAUCGAUCGAUCAAACAUUUCAAGUGAAUCCCAACACUGGGGCGCUAUCUCUGAGCAUUCCACUACAGGUCACUGCAUCCAGAAAUCAAUGUCAACCAUCAGUUUCACUCGAUUAUAGCUCUGGCUUCGGUAAUGGACCAUUCGGAAUCGGUUGGAGUCUGUCAACCGAGACUGUGGCACGGAAAACAUCAAAAGGUGUUCCUAGGUAUGACGAUGCGGACACCUUUAUUCUUUCUGGUCACGAUGAUCUCGUACCGCUUGGAAAAGCUUUGGAUGUGAUAGACGGCUACGUGGUCCAAAGGUUUAGGCCCCGCGUGACAGUGGAGCAAUCGAGCUUCAGAGUUGAAAGCUGGACCAGUCAAACCGAUGUAAAUGAUGUAUUCUGGCGAACAAUCUCUCAUGUCAACCACGUCAAAGUCUACGGUCGGACACAAGAAUCCCGCGUUUUUGAUACUACACUAAGCGGGCAUCAACGCAUCUCUUCUUGGCUAUUGUGUGAGGUAUACGAUCCCCUUGGCAAUGCUAUGCGUUUAUCGUACAAGCCGGAAGAUAGUGCGGGUAUCAUUGGCGCUGGCCUGGAAACACCGAAUCAUGAACUUCAGCGUUCAAAUGAUACUCGCAAACGUGCUAGGUACAUUAAAUCCAUCAAAUAUGGCAACCGCAAGCCAGCUCGCGAUCUCAAGCACUGGAACAUCUCCCCUGUCGCUAAUGACAAAGAAUGGCUGUUUGAGGUUGUGUUCGAUUAUGGCGAGCACGAUCUUCAUCUCCCGACUUCACGCGAAUCGCAGCCUUGGGCUGUUCGGCGCGACCCUUUUUCGACAUCGACGAGCGGAUUCGAAGUUCGAACAUAUCGCUUAUGUCGACGUGUCCUUAUGUUCCACCAUAUCGAAGAGGAGCUCGUGUUGAAAGACUAUCUGGUCUCUUCGUACAGUUUUGAUUAUGAAGAAUCGCCCUACGGCUCGUUUCUGAUAUCUGCAACCUCCCACGGACAUGUCUGGAAGCCGGAUGCCGAUAGUGGCGCCUACUUCACAGAGUCACUUCCGGAAAAUGUGUUUGGAUAUUCAAAGGUUACUCCUUUGGGGAAUCUAACCCUACAAACAAUGAAGCCGAUCGCCUUUCAAACAUUACCGGUUGCUCAACCUGGUGCAGCUUUCCGUUGGAUCGACCUCCAUGGAGAGGGCCUCCAAGGGAUUCUAUUGCAACUGGAUGGAGCAUGGUACUUUCAGCGGAAUAUGAACGCCCUCAGCACUGCCGUUGAUUCGGACAACGAAGAGCUCCCUGAAGCUGAAGAUUUUGGUCCAUUCGUCAAACUUGGGGCGCACCCUAACGUCACAGAUUAUCAAGAUUCUUUCUUUGAAGACAUAGACGGAAAUGGCCAUCAAGACCUUGUGAUUGUGGAUUCCGAAGGGCGACUUGAUGGUUACUUCGAGUGCACUGACCAAAAUACAUGGACUCCUUUGCAGAAUUUCCCAGCGUCGCUAAACCGUGGGAAGAAAGAUGCUCCUCUACAUCGAAUGGAUCUCACUGGCAAUGGUCGUAGCGACCUCUUUUCGCCCUCGCAAGGUAAUGGCGAGUUUGUCUGGUAUGAGUCCCUGGGCAAAGGCGGGUUCACUUGUGAAAAACGGAGCAGAUGCCCAGAAAGUUUCCCGCAACUUGAAACUCACGACGAUCAAUCGUUGACAUACUUCGCCGAUGCCACUGGCGACGGCCUUACGGACAUUCUUCGACUCUCGAACUGCAAGGUCUCCUACUGGCCUAACCUCGGGCACGGCAAUUUCGGCUCAGAGGUUAUUAUGGACAACUGCCCCGUCUUUGAUUCAGUCGACAGCUUCUCUACACAGCGCAUUCGUAUCUUGGACGUCGACGGCUCCGGUACAGCCGAUCUUCUAUAUCUGUUGCCCACGGGCGGCGCCAUUGUGUAUUAUAAUUACUGUGGCAAUUCAUGGAGUGACGGUGUCCUUGUGCAGAACUUUCCUAUGGUUGACAAGCUGUCGAACGUUUUCACUGCUGACUUACUCGGAAAUGGUACUUCAUGUCUGUGCUGGACCGGCCCUCAGGGUGAUGAUGGCUAUACGAUAUCGUUCUUGAAUUUGGGCGGGGAUGCAAAACCACACCUACUCAAGUCAUGGUCUAACGGCAUCGGGCUUUCCACCGCGGCUACCUAUAGCCCGUCAACGAAGUUUUUCCUUGCGGAUGAGCGGAAUGGUAGACCCUGGUCAACUAAGCUGCCGUUUCCCGUACACACUGUAAGUCGUGUAGUAGAGAAGGACGAGAUAGUUGGAUCCACUCGAACAACAAAGUUCUCCUACCACGAUGGAUAUUACGACGGGUUUGAGAGAGAGUUUUGUGGUUUCGGUGAGGUAGAUAAGCGGGAGGAUGAGAGAUUGCCCAUUGCGGAUGGGGCGAAGAUGUACAAGACACCAACUCGGCAUACACGACUUUGGUAUCACACUGGAGCAGAACAGAUGGGUCUUGCACCUAUAUCUUCAACUACAUUUGGCAAGAGUCGACUACAGUCAAACAUCACUCAGAAUCUGGAUGCAGACGAACUUUUGGAUGCUUACCGAUCUUUGAAAGGUAGAGAGCUGCGUACCGAGGUCUAUGGGGAAAGCGCGAGCGACCGUGCCAUGGUCCCAUAUAGUGUCGAAGAACUCUCAUAUGAUGUCCUCUUAAUCGACGCCUCAGAGCAUGGUAACAGCCCUGCAAUAUUCGACGUGCACUCUCGGGAGAAGCUGUCAUUUCAGUAUGAACAGGAUAAGCAGAAUCCUCGAGUGGCACAUGAACUCAUGUUAGAGCGGAACGGGUACGGAGAUGUGACAAAGUCCAUGCAUGUUCAGUAUGGUAGCAUGCCUAACGCGCUUAUCGACCCGCUUACUAUGGCCGCGCAAGCUGUCCAUCAUGUUACCUACACGGAGACCACAUACACAAACGACAUUGACACGGCACAUAUCUUUUACAAGCCUCUUACGUGUGCUAUAAAGACAUUUCAUGCAUCUAAUAAUUCCCUUAAGGGCCUUUUCGACAUUGAGAUACUCCGCAAGAGCGAUUUGGCUGCUGUCGUGGGCACAGCACCCGAAAGCCAAGAGACAAGAACUUACUAUCAAAGUCAAGAUCUAUCUAAGCGGCUAGACUUUGGGAUACUGGAACCCUUUUCAGUUGUAGACCAGCAGUUCCAGCUCGCCAUUACCCAGUCCACAUUUUCGAACGUGUACAACGGAAAAGACAAUGCGAUUGUUGGAACUUCUUUCACGGAUCUUUUCUCGAAGCAACUCGGCUAUUCGGAUAUUGAUGCCGACAAUCGUGCUUGGAUUCCGUCGAACGAACUGUUGUACGGAAAACAUUGGGCGAUUAUCGAAAAGAGGUUGGAGGAAGCUCGUAGCACCUUUUUCGUGCCGACCGGCUCGCGAGAUGCUUUUCAGAACAUCUCAACGAUUGAAAUGGACAAUUAUGGCCUCUUACCUUUGCAAAGCGAGGAUUCGCUAGGCAAUAUCAACAAGGCGAAGAAUGACUACAGAGUCAUGCAGCCUUCAUUGGUCACAGAUGCUAAUCAAAACAGAACACAGGUCACUUACAAUGCUCUCGGCCAGAGGGAGACACUAGCGCGAAUGGGAAAAGUUGGAGAGGCAGUCGGUGAUCUCAUAGAAGGAGCACCUUUAUCACAAUCGGGUGACCAAUUGCUUACGUUCCUUGCCACACCUUCACUCGACGAAGCUACGAAGCUGAUUGGCAAAGCGGGCUCCCGGUCACUCUACUCCCGUAAACCGCUGUUACUUGAUGCCAGCAAGUCUAGUCAGCUGCCAACGUUUCGUAUCGACCUUACUCGCACAGAGCAUAUUGGAGCUGUCCAUACAAACGAUAAGACGACCAGUGAUAUCAUGCUGAAUGUAACCUACAUGGAUGGUCGAGGCCGCGAUAUCCAGCAUGUGAGUCUUACCGAGUGGGUUGAUGGCAAAGACCGGUGGUGUAUACAUUCACGAGAGUCAUUUGAUGGUAAUGGGAACGCUAUAUUAACACUUCAUCCCUACUUCUCGUCGACUAGUCACUACACACGGCUGGCUGGGCUGCAGCUUACGCGUACCAUCAAUUUCUUCGAUGCGCUUGAUCGUCGCGUUGGCAUCCUGAAUCCUGAUCAUAGCUGGUCUAAAAUACACCAAGGUCCCUGGUACCGAACAGCUUAUGAUGCUGGCGACACAGUUCUCAUCAAGGAUCCAAGUUCAGACCCAGAUGUUGGCUUGUUCUUCUGCACUCUCGAUACUUCUCUAUAUUCAUCAUCUUGGCUUGAAAUGGAUGCAAGGUCAGAAAGUGGGCCACAUAUUCAGGCGGCCAAGCAAUCCAUAGCCUACGCGAAUAAGCCUACAACGACAUAUCUCGAUAGCCAGGGGAAACAGAUUGCUGUACUUGAACAAGGCGAAGGACGAACUCGCACCAUACGCUUCGAGAACGAUGUGUAUGGCAAUCAGGUUGCUCAAUACGAUGCACUUGGUCGUACAGUGGAGAGAACUAUUUACGAUCUCUUAGGCCGUCUGGUCAGUAAGAAUAGUAUGGAUGCGGGUCUACAAAUCCACUUGCUUGACUGCCUUGGCAGUGUUGUUGUUGAUUGCAAUAGCCGUGGAAUACAACGACGCUCGGUGUACGAUGCACUUCGCAGGAGGAUCAAAACCUAUGUGCGUGAACGAGGAGCUAGCAGCGAAAUUCUGUGGAGCAAGACGAUAUACGGCGAAAUGGAGGUAAAAGCGGAAUCGAAAAACCUGCGCGGUCGUAUAUAUACAGUAUCUGAUCAGUCUGGCAUGCGCAGUAAUCUGGAAUACGACUUCAAGGGCAAUUGCAUCGCGACCGCUCACACGCUGGCUGUAGAAUACAAAACAGUACUAGACUGGAACAAAACACCCGCGAUGCACGACAAGUCACAUACGACAACGUCCGUGUUCGACGCACUGGAUCGUGUGAUAAGCUCGACCGAUGCCGUUGGGCAUUCUUCUGUGCGCAAGUUCGAUCUCCUAGGGCGCGUACGGGGCCUUCAAUCUACAACGCAAACCUCAGGCUCCUCGACAACAGUUCAUGUCACCAACGCGGCAUACACAGCGGAUGGCAAACCCUUGCGAAUUGACUACGGCAACUCGGCGCAUUCGGCUUAUUCCUACGACGAGCGAACACGAGAUAUGUUGAACAGACGAACGUGGCGUGACGACAAGACAGUUCUAGAAGACGUCACAAACACCUACGAUUGUCUGGGUCGACUAGUAACCGUCACAGAUGCUGCACAUCAAAGGCAAUUCUUCCGCAAUUGUUCAGUGCUACCUUCGAGGGUUUACCAAUAUGAUGACUUUGGCCGGCUCAUCUAUGCGACAGGUCGCGAGACUGUUGAUACAGGAAGCGGUACUGGGCGCAGCCUCCGCCAAGUCUUUUCCAGUAGUCCUCUCGUCCAGACAGCAUUGCAGUCUGACUCUGGCGACCAGCUCUGCGGUUACGUUGAGAAAUACACAUAUGAUAUUGCCGACAACAUACUCAAAGUCCAACACGAGUCGAGCGAGGCUUCUAUAGCUGGGUGGACAAGAGAAUAUUCAUAUUCCGAACCGAGCUUGUUGGAGCCUAAGAAAACUGGUAAUCGACUAAGCAGUACCCAGAUCGGCGGUGUGGUCGACAACUAUGGCUAUGACGAGGACGCUGGCAAGGUUGGGUGUAUCACUUUAAUGUCCGGCUACUCGCGGUUGGGCUGGGAUAUCAACAAUAAGCUUCGAUGUAGUGCUAGGCAGAGAGUGAAUGACGGUACGCCUCAGACAACCUGGUAUGUCUACAACGAGAAUGGGGCCAGGGUGCGCAAGGUGACGGAGCACGAGGUCAUCGGUGAUGAGUUGGGUUCUACCGCGAGGUUAUUCAAGGAAACGGUCUACCUAGGCUCUGCAGAGAUAUAUCAUACGUACGAUGGAGAUGGUAAGACCGUGCAGACAACAACCCACACGUCGAAGAUCAAUGGUGGCUCCGUGCAAGACCACCAGGUUGUUGCUAGUAUCGAAGAUUACGUCUUAGCCUUGGAAGACUCCAAGAGGCCGAAAACACCACUCAUUCGUUACCAUAUCAAUCAGAAUCUAGAGGUGGAUGACACAGCGCAAGUCAUCUCGUACGAAGAGUACAGUCCUUUUGGUGUAUCCACGCUACUUACUUGUCGAUCCAACGUCGAAGCACCACGACACUACCGGUUCGCAGCCUAUGAGCGUGACAAAGAGACCGGGCUCUAUACCUGCGGUGCGCGGUAUUACGCUUCGUGGCUGGGCCGCUGGUUGUCUCCCGACCCCUUAGGAACCGUCGACGGACCCAAUACGUACACAUACUGCGCGAACGACCCGGUCAACUAUGUCGACCCCGAAGGAACGACGUUCAAGAAUCUUUUUAAAAGCAAACCCAAGCCCAAGGCAGAGGACAAGCAACCGCUUUUGGAGGCACCAACUGAACCCGAAGCCCGAGAGCGAGUCAAUGGCUUCAGCGGCGACCUACCUGGCGUAACCGACUCCACGACGUUACAGCAGCAUCUUGAGAACUCCUCCAAGGCAGAAACCAAAGCACUUGGUCUCGUGAAAGGAUUUGUUCAAAAUUCUGGUGGGGUUAAGGGUAUCGCCCAGAAGGUAGGUUUUACGGGCUUGAAGACGGCAGCAAGCGCUAUGCCCGACUUUGGCAUAACCAAAGGUCUUGUCACGGCCGCGGAAAACAAAGUAAACGAGAAACAAAAAGAAAAAGAUACCAAAGCGGAUAGACAGAUGCACACGGCCAAGGGAUUCGAACUCGGCGUGAAAAAGGCGACCGAAGCAUUUCAAAAGGAGCUGGCGAAAAUCGCGGCUCAGUAUGAAAAGGACGGCAAUGCACAAGCUCAAAAUGACAGGGUCACGAGUUUAUCGAUUCAUGGGCUUCAGGGGCCGAAUGUGGUCAUGUCGCACGGCCGUGUCGAGGAGGAUCGGCCCGUCAGCGAGGAGGAGUCUCAACAGGGCGAGGGAUCUGAGCCUGAAGAGAGCGGUGCAUCCUCUGAGGACGAAGCUGACAGGGAGUUGGAUGACCAUCUUGGUUUCCUUAGCGGCAACAGUGGCAGGCGCGACUCUGCGCAUAGUUCUGACAUUAUCAGGCCGUGGAGGUAA